AUGUUUGAUCCAAUAGAAGCGGCGGUGGCCGACAUCAAGGCCGGCAAGUUUGUCGUCGUACUCGACGAUGAGGACCGGGAAAACGAAGGUGACCUGAUCAUCUCGGCUGCGCUCUGCACAACGAAGCAGAUGGCGUGGUUCAUCCAGCACACGUCUGGCUUUAUCUGCAUCUCUCUCACGCCCCAACGUAUUGCCGAGCUGGCGAUCCCGAUGAUGGUGCCGAACAAUACCGAGAAGAACAAGACCGCCUACACCGUCACGGUCGACUACAAGCACGGCACCACCACGGGUAUCUCUGCACACGAUCGAGCACUGACAUCGCGACAACUUGCCGACCCCACGCUGGAAGCCAAGGUGGACGACUUUACAAGACCGGGCCAUAUGAACCCGCUGCGAUACACCGAGGGCGGAGUGCGCGUGCGCAAGGGCCACACCGAAGCAAGCGUGGAUUUGUGCAUGCUCGCCGGUCUGCCACCAGCAGGAUUGCUGUGCGAGCUUGUGGAUCCCGAUGACGAGGACGGAGGCAUUGCCAGCAGGGAUGCGUGCCUCAAAUUCGCAAGCAAGUGGGGGUUGAAGGUGACGACCAUCGAGAUGCUCAAGAAGUACAGAGAGGAACACGAGGGAGAGUUGCCAAACGACGUGCGUAGUAUGCUCAGCGACGACAAGGCAAGGGGCGUUAAGAUCGACGAACAACAGGUCGUCCCCCCCACCGCAACCGCUUAG